AUGAAACCAUUAUCUGAAGGACAACUAAAGUUUUGUGUUGUUCAACUAAUACAUCUCACAUCAUGGCUGCUCGUACUUUUCAUUCUGAAGUCUAUCUCUUCCUUAAAACCUGCCCAACUUCCAAUUUAUCAAAGGAAGCCUUUUAUAGCUGCCUGGAAUGCUCCAACAGAUCAGUGCUUGAUAAGAUAUAAUUUAAGACUAAAUUUGAAAAUGUUUCAGGUGAUUGGAAGUCCACUGGCCAGGGCCAGGGGGCAAAAUGUCACUAUAUUUUAUGUCAACAGACUGGGAUACUAUCCAUGGUAUACACCCCAGGGAGUUCCCAUUAAUGGGGGUCUUCCCCAGAACAUAAGUUUACAGGUACAUCUGGAAAAAGCUGACCAAGAUAUUAAUUAUUACAUCCCUUCUGAAGAUUUCAGUGGACUUGCUGUUAUAGACUGGGAAUAUUGGCGACCCCAGUGGGCCAGGAACUGGAACACAAAAGAUGUCUACAGACAGAAAUCAAGAAAGCUUAUUUCUGAGAUGCAAGAGAAUGUAUCAGCUGCUGAUAUUGAAUAUUUAGCCAAAGCAACCUUUGAAGAAAGUGCAAAAGCUUUCAUGAAGGAAACCAUCGAACUGGGAAUUAAGAGCAGACCCAAGGGCCUUUGGGGUUACUAUUUAUAUCCUGAUUGCCACAAUUAUAAUGUUUAUGCCCCAAACUAUACUGGGUCAUGCCCAGAAGAAGAAGUUUUGAGGAACAAUGAGCUCUCUUGGCUCUGGAACAGCAGUGCUGCUUUAUAUCCUUCUAUCGGUGUCAGGAAAUCUCUUGGAGACAGCGAAAACAUUUUGCGUUUCUCGCAAUUUCGGGUGCAUGAGUCCUUGAGGAUCUCCACCAUGACAUCCCAUGAUUAUGCUCUGCCUGUGUUCGUCUAUACAAGGUUAGGCUACAGAGACCAACCUUUAUUUUUUCUUUCUAAGCAAGAUCUAAUCAGUACUAUUGGAGAAAGUGCUGCCUUGGGAGCUGCAGGCAUUGUUAUCUGGGGAGACAUGAAUUUGACUUCAUCUGAGGGCAACUGUACAAAGGUGAAGCAGUUUGUGAGCUCUGAUUUAGGGAGCUACAUAGUCAACGUGACCAGAGCCGCUGAGGUGUGCAGCUUUCACCUCUGCAGGAAUAAUGGGAGAUGCGUAAGGAAGGUGUGGAAAACGCCCGAUUACCUUCACUUGAACCCUGCAAGUUACCACAUAGAGGCAUCCGAGGAUGGAGAAUUUACUGUGAAAGGCAAAGCAUCUGAUACAGACCUGGCAGUGCUGGCGAAGAGAUUCUCCUGUCAUUGUUAUCAGGGAUACGAAGGGGCUGAUUGCAGAGAAAUGAGGAUGGCUGAUGGCUGCUCUGGGGUUUCCUCUUUUUCUGGCUCACUAAUCACAUUGUGUCUGCUGUUUUCCGCAUGUUAUCAGAGCAUUCAGUUGUGA